AUGGCGAACCUCAUCUUUGCGCCGUCGUCGGCGCCACUCAAGACGAUCGAGGAGAUCCAGUUCGGUGUUCUUGCGCCCGAGGAGAUCAAGAAUAUGAGUGUGGUACACGUACAAUACCCCGAUACUAUGGACGAGACCCGAACAAAGCCACGAGAAGGUGGUCUCAACGAUCCUCUGCUUGGUACGACAGAUCGACAGUACAAGUGCAAGACGUGUAAUAACGACAUGAACAAUUGUCCUGGUCAUUUCGGUCACAUCGAACUCGCAAAACCCGUUUAUCAUCCUGGAUUCAUCAACAAGACGAAAAAGAUCUUAGAAAUGAACAAUGACGAGCAAUUUGCACAAGCCCUUCGGUUACGAGACCCAAAAGCGCGUUUCGCCAUGGUGUGGAAAGCUUGCAAGGGCAAGAAGGUCUGCGAGAUCGAGACCGGUGGUAAAGAUGAAAAGGAUAGUAUCGACACCGCAACUGGCAUAGAAAAGGUUCCCCACGGUGGCUGUGGAAGCACACAUCCCGACAUCCGGAAAAAGGCAUUGCAGCUUUACGCAAAGGUCGAGGAAGCCCGCGAGGAGGGAAUGAAGAAGGAGGUCAAAGACAAGCUCAUCACGCCCGAGCAGGCUCAUCAUAUUCUCAAGCAUAUUCCAGAAGACGACCUGUGGAAGAUGGGCUUGAACAAGGACUAUGCCAGACCUGAAUGGCUGAUCGUCACAGUUCUGCCAGUGCCACCACCUCCUGUCAGGCCCAGUAUCUCAGUUGACGGUACAUCGCAGGGAAUGCGUAGCGAGGAUGAUUUGACAUACAAGCUUGGUGACAUUAUUCGCGCAAACGGCAACGUGAAGCAGGCCCAUGCUGAGGGAGCCCCGAAUCACAUUUGCACCGAGUUUGAGGAGUUGCUUCAAUAUCAUGUCGCCACAUACAUGGAUAACGAUAUCGCAUCAAUUCCUCGAUCGUUGCAGAAGAGCGGUCGUCCGAUUAAAUCAAUCCGCGCUCGUCUCAAGGGUAAAGAAGGCCGUCUGCGAGGCAACUUGAUGGGUAAGCGUGUGGACUUCUCCGCACGUACAGUCAUCACGGGUGACGCCAACAUCUCUCUCCACGAGGUCGGUGUUCCCAGGAGUAUCGCUCGGACUUUGACAUACCCUGAGACGGUCACACCGCACAACAUUGAUCGUCUUCACCAGUACGUUGUCAACGGUCCGAAUGAGCACCCUGGCGCCAAGUACAUUGUCAGGACCGACGGCACGCGGAUUGAUCUCAGGCACGUCAAGAACCGCGGCUCAACUCAGCUCGAGUAUGGCCAGAAAGUUGAGCGUCAUCUUUUGACGGGAGACUAUAUCAUCUUCAACCGUCAGCCUUCACUUCACAAGGAAUCCAUGAUGGGUCAUCAAGUGAGAGUAAUGCCUUACUCAACUUUCCGCCUCAACCUUUCGGUCACGUCGCCUUACAACGCCGAUUUCGAUGGUGACGAGAUGAAUUUGCACGUCCCACAGACUGAGGAGACUCGCGCAGAGGUCAAGGAGCUGUGCAUGGUGCCACUGAACAUUGUGUCGCCCCAGCGAAACAGUCCCCUUAUGGGUAUCGUCCAAGACACAUUGGCUGGUACGUACAAGCUAUGUCGUCGUGACGUUUUCCUCACAAAGGAAGCAGUAAUGGACAUUAUGCUCUGGGUUCCGGAUUGGGAUGGAAUUAUUCCUCAGCCUGCUAUUCUCCGCCCCAGGCCACGAUGGACCGGCAAGCAGAUUAUCAGCAUGGUCAUUCCCGACUUCGUGACCACUCACCAGGGUGGUGAUUGGAACCCCUUGAACGAUGAUGCUCUACUGAUUCAAUCGGGUGAGCUCAUGUUUGGACUUCUGACCAAGAAGAACGUCGGUGCUGCUUCGGGAGGUAUCAUCCAUAUUUGCUACAACGAGCAAGGCCCGGCAAGAGCCAUGGCUUUCCUGAACGGUUGCCAAAGGGUUGUCAACUACUGGCUACUCCACAACGGCCACAGUAUCGGUAUCGGUGAUACGAUUCCUGACCCUGUGACCAUUGAGAAGAUUCAAGCCCAUAUCAAUGAGCAGAAGGCAGAAGUCGCCGAGCUUACUGACCUUGCUACCACCAACAGGCUGGAAGCUCUUCCCGGUAUGAACAUCAGAGAGACGUUCGAAAGUAAAGUCUCCAAGGCGCUUAACACGGCCCGUGAAAAGGCUGGUACCACGACUGAGAAGAGUUUGAAGGACAUCAACAACGCCGUUACUAUGUCGCGGUCCGGAUCCAAGGGUUCCUCAAUCAACAUUUCUCAAAUGACUGCAUUGGUCGGUCAACAAAUUGUCGAAGGCAAGCGUAUUCCGUUCGGCUUCAAGUAUCGGACGCUACCACACUUCACCAAGGACGAUUUUUCACCCGAGGCCCGAGGUUUUGUAGAGAAUUCGUACCUUCGUGGCCUGACUCCUUCCGAGUUUUUCUUCCACGCCAUGGCUGGUCGUGAGGGUCUUAUCGAUACAGCAGUCAAGACUGCCGAGACGGGUUAUAUUCAACGACGUCUUGUCAAGGCGCUUGAAGAUGUUGCUGCUAAAUAUGAUGGAACUGUCCGUAAUUCCCUGGGUGACAUCAUCCAGUUUAUCUACGGAGAAGAUGGUCUCGAUGGUAUGGCUAUCGAGAAGCAGAAGAUGGACCACCUCAACAUUUCAAAUAGCAAGUUCGAUGGCAUGUACAAGCUGGAUGUCAUGACCGAGACUCGUCCUCGUGAGCUCAAUGCUCUGGAGUACGGAAACGAAAUCUUUGGUGAUCCUGCUGUUCAGCAGCUGCUUGACGAGGAAUACGACGCCAUCAAGGCAGACCGUCAGCUCAUCCGCGAGAUCAACUACAAGAAGAAGGAUGACAACGAUAUGCAGCUGCCUCUCAACGUGGCGCGUGUCAUUGAGAACGCCAAGAAGCUUUUCAAGAUUGACGAUGCUCAGCGCAGUGACCUUCGGCCGCAGGAUGUUAUUCCUGUUGUCAAGGGCUUCUUGGAGCGCAUGGUCGUUGUCCCGGGAGAUGACCCAAUCUCCAAGGAGGCAAACUACAAUUCAUCCAUCCUCUUCAAGGCACAGCUGCGCUCUCGCCUUGCCUUCAAGCGCUUGGCUGUUCGCGAGCGACUGAAUCGCAUCGCCUUUGACCACGUCGUUGGUGAGAUGGAAAGCAGAUGGCAACGGUCCUUCGUCAGCCCUGGUGAGAUGGUUGGUGUCUUGGCCGCGCAGUCCAUCGGUGAGCCUGCCACUCAGAUGACGUUGAACACAUUCCACUUUACUGGUAUUUCCUCUAAGAACGUCACGCUGGGUGUGCCACGUCUCAAGGAAAUUCUCAACGUUUCGGCCGAAAUCAAGACGCCUGGCAUGGUGGUACGUCUUGACCCCAAGAUAUACCCUGAUUUCAAGCAGGAGAACGCCAAGAUCCUUCGUAGUUUGGUAGAACAUACCAACCUCCGCUCCGUGACCGCCAUGACCGAGAUUUACUACGACCCAGAGAUCCAGACCACCACAAUCGAAGAAGAUGCCGACAUGCUCGAAGGACACUACCUCAUUCCCGAGGAGCAUCAAGAUGAACCAUCGAACCAAUCUCGCUGGCUCUUGCGUCUCACGCUGGAUCGUCAAAAGAUGCUUGACAAGAACUUACACAUUGAAGAUGUAGCUGCCAGCAUCAAGGGUGCGUACGCAAGCGACUUGGUUGUCGUGCACAGCGACAACAACGCCGACGAGCAGGUCAUUCGUAUGCGUCACGUCAUGAAGGGUGAUGAAGAAGACAAGGAUGGAAGGAAUAUUGAAUCCGACCAGAUUCUCAAGCGCCUGGAGGAGCAUAUGCUUGACGGCCUGACCCUCAGAGGUAUCAAGGGCAUCGAGCGAGCCUUCUUGAACAAAGAUACGAGGCUGGUUGUUAAGUCGGAUGGAUCUCUGCUUAACAGCAAGGACGCGCCCGAGUGUGAGGAAUGGUACCUAGACACACAAGGCACAUCGCUGCGCCAGGUUUUGUGCGUCGAUGGUGUUGACAGCGUGAGGACGCUUACCAACGACCUGUACCAAAUCGUCGACCUACUCGGUAUCGAGGCAGCCCGAACUGCGCUGCUUGGAGAGCUGACACAGGUGCUUGCUUUCGACGGUUCUUAUGUCAACCAUCGCCAUCUUGCGUUGUUGGUCGAUGUCAUGACGUACCGUGGCAGCAUAGCAGCCGUCACACGUCACGGUAUCAACCGUGCAGACACGGGAGCGCUGAUGCGUUGUUCGUUCGAGGAGACCGUUGAGAUUUUGCUCGAGGCAGCUGCCAUCGGUGAACUUGAUGACUGUCGUGGUAUUUCAGAGAACGUUAUGCUCGGCCAGUUGGCACCCAUGGGCACAGGCGCGUUCGAGGUUCUACUCGACCCCAAGAUGCUGGAGACGGUCGUAUCCAACAACGCGCGCAUGGGUCUGAUGCCUGGCCUGACAGUCAAGGGUAGCUCUGCCGAGGGUGCCGCAACACCCUACGACACUGGCUCACCCAUGGGUGACUCUGGUUACAACCUGGGCAUGGCUUCUCCCACCAUGGGUAACUUCUCGCCCAUUAUGAGCGGAGGUUCCGAUACCCCCACAGGCUUCGCAACCGAGUAUGGUGGUAGCUUGGGCAGCAUGAACCCUUACGGAUCUGGCACCAGCCCCAGGCCAACCAGCCCCUUCAGCACCUCGCCCACUUCACCAUUCAGUGCUGGAUACGGCAGUUAUUCGCCAACUUCGCCUAUGGCUGGGUACUCUCCUACCUCUCCCAUGAUGGACGGCGGUCGCUACGGUGCUUCGUCUCCUUCAUUCAGCCCGUCAUCGCCCUCGUUCCAGCCGACUUCUCCCAUCAUGCGCCAUGGUGCAGGCGAUUCCAUGGGCUACAGCCCGACCUCUCCGACUUAUCAACCUGGCUCGCCGACUGGUGGCGACAAUCACUACUCCCCAACCUCGCCCGCCCAGUUUGGCGCCUCGCCCACCUCGCCUCUGUACUCACCUGCCAGCCCGAGCUUCUCUCCAGGAGGUGCCACAUCCCCCAUGUACUAUGUUGGUUCGCCACAGCACGCGUCUCCUACCUCACCAAAUGCACACUACUCUCCCACAAGUCCGUCAUUCCAGAGGUCGCCCGCACAGGCAUCGCCCACGAGCCCAGGGCCCUACUCGCCAACGUCUCCGUCGUUCUCGCCUAGAUCUCCUGGGAGGAACAACCGCAAUGGAGGCCAAGACUCAUACUCACCUACUUCUCCAAGCCAUGACUAGACGUAGUUGCAACCUUGCAUUUCCUCCUUACCCUCUGUUGAAUAAUGUAUAAGAUUUGUUGGGGUCUCAUGGGUGUUGAAACCCAAACCCAAAAGAAUGUCUUCUUUUUUUCCCCUUCCGCUUUUUUUUUUUCUUAUCAGAGCCAAUCCCAAUUUUUGAUUAUAUACUCUGACGUUCACAUACCGAUGCUCGGAUGGUCGUUACACAGUGGCGGAUGCUCUAGUUCUUCUACGGGGACUGCUUCAUUCUUUUUUUACUUUGAACGAGGAGGUGAUAAGUAGGUCCUGAAAACUUGGUUUGAGAUAAGACAGGUUCACACCAAAGUACUACUUGAGGAAAGGUGGACAAGGAUAUGCGCACAAGGAUGCAGUGAAACGAAACGAGAAGGAACACAAAAAGAAAAGAAAAAAAGUCCCAAAAAAAAAAAAUUUAAAAUUCCCCAAUCAACCCAAGGUUGCCGCGCAGCCCAUGGUUUUAUUUUAAUGUCAGGGUGGAGGUUUUAGAGAAGAGAAAGCGGAAUAUGGAGGCGGGAGUGGAAAAAAAAAAGGCUAGAUGCGAGCAUUGCGUGGGGGUUUUUGUUUCUUUUCCUCUUUUAUUUUCCUUCAUUGACUGUCUGAUCAAUAUUUGAUAUCUUUUGUGGUUUUCUUGCUUUUUCUUCUUUUUUCCCCCCUCCCCUCUAUCUCUAUCUCCGUCUUUUUUUUUUUUUUUUUUUUUUUUUUU